AUGAGUCGUUCAAGAACCGUCUUAAUCGCUGCAAUCCCGCUCGUCGUGGGCUUCCUCGGGGGCUUGGCUUCUGGGGCUGGAAACCCGCGGCCUCUGGAAGAACACGAACGCUUUCAAGCAUUGCAGCAAGCGAUGCAGGACAAGAAUACCCAGUUCUUAAAGCUGGCUCGCGAGAGGGCCAACCUGAUCGGUCAGGGCAAGGUUCAGUUCGGUAUUCGUGGACUUCUGGUGCUGAUGCUCGCCAUUGCCUGCUUCCUCGGUGGGUGGACUACAAACGAUCGCAUGGAGCGGACUGAACUUGCCAAGUUCAAGGAGGUUUACUUCCGCAUGAAAGAGGAGAUGAUUCGCAUAAGGCAACGCUGGAUGGACAGCUCGACGCGAGCACAUGAACUUGAACUCGAGAACACUAAUCUCAAACAGCAAAACUCGGUGCUCCAAAAGAUGGUUGAGACCCAGCCGGCUCAACUGGAUGAGACCAACGCGGUAAUCGGUCCAAAGGAUCCUGGCGAGCUGAAUCUCGAAUCGAUUCAGUUGGAAGUGACGGCCGAGCCACGCGGGCCAACUGUCUCUGAACCUCGCUACGAUCUGAUCGAUGUCGUCGACGAGCAGUCUGAGAACGAGAAUCUACGCGAUCAGAUUAGGUGCCUCGUUCUCAUGCUGGCGAUUAGCCAAGCAUCGGCUGUUUGCGCCGAUAUGUUCGGCAGCGGUGACAACUCCUUCGAGAUCGAGUUCACGACCAUCGGUAGCCCAGGAAACACUCAAGAUUCUACGGCCACCUUACCUACUGUCAUUCGAGACAAUCCACCUGGAUCGGUCUCGUACACAUACCGACUCGGAACCUACGAGAUCUCCGAAGACAUGAUCAACAAAGCCAACGCGGAGGGCGGUCUCGGGAUAACGCACACGAACCGGGAUACUAAGGACUUGGCCGCGACUGACAUCAACUGGUACGAGGCAGCGAAAUUCGUCAAUUGGCUUAACACAAGCAGUGGAUAUACGGCCGCCUAUAAGUUCGAUGGAAACGGAGUCUUUCUCAAUUGGGACCCCAGUGACGCGGGCUACAAUCCCAACAACCUUUAUCGAAACAGUCUGGCGAAAUAUGUCAUUCCAAGCCUGGACGAAUGGUACAAGGCUGCGUACUACGAUCCUGUCGCAGAGGUCUACUAUCGCUACCCAACCGGCAGCGACAGUGAACCUGACGGAAUCGACAGUAUUUCUACUCCAGGGCAAGACCCGGUAUUUGAUGCUGUCUUUCGAGACGGUGCUUCAAUCGGCCAGCCCAAUAAGAUCAAGAACGUGGGCAUUGCGAGUCCAUUCGGUACCUUUGGUCAAGGUGGCAACGUUAGCGAAUGGACGGAAACCGACUCUGAUUUGACGAAUGACGCCACGUCGUAUGCGCCAUCGGGUCAGCCGGAAACUUUGCCCAGGCGUUUUGACAUGGGCGGUAGCUGGUCGUUUAGUAGUUCAAGACUGCAGAGCGGUUCGUUCUUUGAUAGACCCGCACAGGCCAAUUACAACCAGCGAGGGUUCCGCGUUGCAGCCGUCCCCGAACCCAGUUCAUUUGCACUGGCCGGCAUGGCGUUAGCUGGUGCCUUCCUAAUGCGGAGACGCUUGCAGCGACUUUAG